CACUGGCCUUCCUGGGAGGGCUGUCGCUGUUCCCCCGGGACGCCGAGGAGGAGGAGGAGGGCGAGGACGCGAUCAUCCUGCUGCUGAAGAGAGCCAAGCUCAGCGCCAUGAAGGGCGAGCUGGCCGAGGCCGAGCGGCUCCUGCACCAGGCCCUGCGGCUGUCGCACCAGGAGGACAACAGGCAGGCCAUCGCCUACACCUACAGCGUGAUGGCGAACGUGGCCUUCAUGCAGGGACAGCUGGACAAUGCAGAAAAGCUCUACAAAGCAAGUAUGAGCUAUUUGCUUGCAGGGGACAUGAAGGAGGAUGACAAUGCAAUCCUUGAGAUGUCCCUCAAGCUGGCCAGUAUCUACGCUGCUCAGAAACAGGACAAAUUAGCUGUAGCUGGGUACCAGUUCUGCAUCCUGACCUUAGAGGAGAAGAUUGCCAAGCAAAAGGACUUGCCUGAGGAUGUCUUACCAGCUGAAGAAAAGGCCAACACCCGUCUCCUGCUCGGGAUGAGCCUGGACUCCUACGCCCGGUACCUCCUGAACAUCAACCAGCUCCCAGCGGCCCAGAAAAUGUAUGAGAAGGCUCUGCAGAUAGCAAACGAUGUUCAGGGAGAGACCCAUCCACAGACUGUGGUGCUGAUGAACGACUUGGCGACUGUGCUGGAUGCUCAGGGGCACCACGACGAGGCCUAUUCCUACGUGAAGAGGGCGGCAGAGCUGGCCAGGGAGACUCAGCACCCCGAGGAGCACAUGGUGCUGAAUAACCUGGCAGCAGUUCUGAUGCACAAAGACUUUCUGCAAGCAAAACAAGUGUACAAAGAAGCUCUCAAGCAGGCACAACAGAAGGGGGAUGUUGCUUCUGUCCAGCAUAUCCAGGAAGAAUUAGCUGAGCUGGCCAAGAGGAGGAAGGGCUCCAAGUAAGUUUGGCCACGGAGUCCAACCUUCAGGUGGCCCAGGGCAACAAGGGCUGGUCAGCAUGAGCAGCCUGGGACCAGCUCGGUGCAAUUCUCCAGGGGAGCAGCAAGGAGGAGUUCAAGGACUGCUAAACAGGGAGGGCUGCUACUGCCCAACAACUUAUCCCAAAAUAAAGGUGUGAAAUCUGAA